CUUCAAACACAUCUGAACAAUUGCAACAAUACACUCCAUCGACAAUGUCAUUGCCAGGGCUGUCACUACCAGGACUGGGACUCUCACAACCGUCGUCAUCACACAGCGCUCUUGGCCCGGGAACAUCGAGCAACUCCCAGUCAACACGAACCGAGGAGUUGGGCGCGCGCACGGAAUGGCGCUUCGAGGUGAAUUUUCACCAACAAUACCACGUCCGGCUCCUUAGCGGUAACGCCGAGAUCUUCGGCGUGGAACUCGCGCUGAACCAGCGCUACAGCUUCUCCGGGGCCAAAGGAGUCAUCUUCACUUGGCACGGCUGUCAGCUCGAGUUAUCUGGUGACGCGGAGAGUGAAUAUGCUGGACUCGAGACCGAGUAUGCCGUGGAAUGGCUGAAUGUGCAUGGCAUGCUUGAGUCUGCGCGUGACUUGGCUCAUGGUACCAACGAUGGAGGGCCGCGAGUACUGGUCGUCGGCCCUGAAUCUGUCGGCAAGAGCAGUCUCGUGAGAAGCCUUGCGGGCUGGAGUGUCAAAUGCGGUCGGACCCCAGCCAUCGUCAAUGUCGAUCCGCGCGAAGGACUAUUGGCGCCUCCUGGAAGUUUCACUGCGGUGACAGUAGGCUCGCAACUGGAUGUGGAGAAUGGCUACGGAAUUGCGCCCAUCUCCGGUCCAACUGUCACUCCCAUCAAGACUCCCCUCAUCUAUCACUGCCCGUACUCCUCACCAACGGAACGGCCGGACGUCUAUAAAGCUCUCAUCACUCGCACGGCAUUAUCAGUACUCAACAGGAUGGAGGAAGACAAAGUUUCGAAAGAAAGCGGCCUGAUGAUCGACACUCCCGGCCUGCUCAACGAUCCCAAGAGCAACUACGACAUGAUCGCGCAUCUGGUCUCCGAAUUCAGCAUCACCCUCAUCCUGACCCUAGGUUCUGAGCGUUUGUACAACGACCUGAACCGUCGCUUCGGCCCUAAGCAGGCAGCAUCAGCAGAAGGCGAAGGCAUCCCCGUCCUGCGCGUAUCGAAGCCCGGCGGUGCCGUAGAACGAGAUGCCGGCUUUUUGAAGCAAUUAGCAAAUCAACAAAUACGACAGUACUUCUUCGGCACCAGCAAAGAGCCAUUAAAUCCCCACAGCCAUAUCUGCGGCUUCGCGGAGCUGAGCGUCUAUCGAGCCAAUUCGGCCACCUUGGCCGCGGCGGCGUCGAGCUAUACCAAGGACGAAGACGAGGACGACUCACCAUACACUGCACCUAAAGCAUCUGCGGAUGACUUCGAAAAGAUGACGCCUACCAAUGCGAUGCUGGGCAGGCUCGUCGCAAUCAAGUACUGCGAUGGCGACAGUGACGACUUCACAAUACGGGACAGCGCAGUCAUGGGCUUUCUGUAUGUGUCGGAGGUGGACGAGCAGAAGAAACGAGUGCGCUUUCUUGCGCCGCAUCCACAGCGCUGGGGCGACAAGGCGCUGGUCUGGGGCGGGUGUCCAGAGGCGGUCACGGAUUUGGUUGGAUAAAAUGGAUCAUGAAUUACGACUGCUUUACUAUAGCAAACCACCUUUCAGUCACUACCGUCUCG